GGAAGUCCCACUUGACGGCGGAAGUCCCGCCCGCCGUGCCAGAGUCCGCGUGCAACCACAGCCGGCAUGGCGCACUACAACUUCAAGAAGAUUACGGUGGUCCCGUCCGCCAAGGACUUUAUUGACCUGACAUUAUCGAAGACUCAACGAAAGACUCCAACUGUUAUUCAUAAACAUUACCAAAUUCAUCGGAUUAGACAUUUUUACAUGAGAAAAGUCAAAUUUACUCAACAGAAUUACCAUGACAGACUCUCUCAAAUUCUAACAGAUUUCCCCAAAUUGGACGACAUCCAUCCGUUUUAUGCUGAUUUGAUGAAUAUUCUCUACGACAAGGACCAUUACAAGUUGGCUUUGGGACAGAUAAAUAUUGCCAAAAAUCUAGUGGACAAUGUCGCUAAAGACUACGUGCGGCUCAUGAAGUAUGGCGACUCUCUCUACCGCUGCAAGCAGCUGAAGCGGGCGGCCCUGGGGCGGAUGUGCACCGUGAUCAAGAGGCAGAAACAGAGCCUGGAGUACCUGGAGCAAGUGCGUCAGCAUUUAUCCCGUUUGCCAACCAUUGAUCCAAACACGAGGACUCUGCUUCUGUGUGGGUACCCGAACGUUGGGAAGUCCAGCUUCAUCAACAAGGUGACCAGAGCAGACGUGGAUGUCCAGCCCUACGCAUUCACGACCAAGUCCCUGUUUGUUGGGCACAUGGACUACAAGUAUUUGCGCUGGCAGGUCGUCGAUACUCCGGGGAUCUUGGAUCACCCCUUGGAGGAUCGCAACACCAUCGAGAUGCAGGCCAUCACGGCCCUGGCCCACCUCCGCGCCGCCGUGCUGUACGUGAUGGAUCUGUCCGAGCAGUGUGGGCACGGGCUGACGGAGCAGCUGGAGCUCUUCCGGAACAUCCGACCACUCUUCGUCAACAAGCCUCUUAUAAUUGUGGCAAACAAGUGUGACGUGAAGAGAAUAGCCGAACUUCCUGAGGAUGAUCAGAAACUAUUUAUAGAUUUGCAGGCUGAAGGCUUCCCUGUGAUAGAGACCAGCACCCUGACUGAGGAAGGUGUUAUCAAAGUGAAAACAGAGGCUUGCGAUCGGCUUUUGGCUCACCGAGUGGAGACCAAAAUGAAGGGCAACAAGGUGAACGAGGUGCUGAACAGGCUGCACUUGGCCGUCCCCAGCAAGAGAGACGACAAGGAGCGGCCGCCGUUCAUCCCAGAAGGAGUGGUGGCACGCAGGAAGAGAAUGGAAGUUGAGGAGCCCAAGAAGAAAAGGGAACGAGAUCUGGAGCUGGAAAUGGGAGAUGAUUAUAUUUUGGAUCUUCAAAAGUACUGGGAUUUAAUGAAUUCUUCUGAAAAAUACGAUAAGAUACCAGAGAUUUGGGAAGGCCAUAAUGUAGCUGAUUAUAUUGAUCCAGCCAUCAUGAAGAAACUGGAAGAGUUAGAAAAAGAAGAAGAGCUGAGAACGGCUGCUGGCGAGUAUGACAGUGAGUCUGAGAGCGAGGAUGAGGAGAUGGUGGAAAUACGGCAGCUGGCAAAGCAGAUCAGAGAGAAAAAGAAGCUGAAAAUCCUGGAAUCCAAAGAAAAAAAUACGCAGGGACCCAGGAUGCCUCGAACUGCUAAGAAGGUUCAGCGGACGGUUCUGGAGAGUGAGAUGCGCAGUCUCGGUGUUGACAUGGACGGCAAGGACGACGCCCACUAUGCAGUCCAGGCGAGGAGGUCUCGGAGCGUCACCCGCAAGAGAAAGCGGGAAGACUCUGUUCCGCCCUCUUCUGUGGCCCGGAGUCGGAGCUGCUCACGGACCCCACGUGAUGUGUCUGGUCUCCGUGACGUCACGAUGGUGAAGAAGGCCAAGACGAUGAUGAAGAAAGCGCAGAGGAAGAUGAAUCGCCUGGGGCGGAAGGGGGAGGCAGACAGGCACGUGUUUGACAUGAAGCCCAAGCACUUGCUCUCUGGGAAGAGGAAAGCUGGCAAGAAGGACAGGCGGUAGUGUCCCUCCAGCACUUCCAGAUGGAGCGGCUGACGCUGUCAUGGUUUGGUCUGAUGGCUCAUAAAGUUGGGGCUAUAACCUAUGAGCUGGCAAAAACAAUAUAACUGAAGCACUUGUUGCUUUGCUGAAAACUAGUUAACCCUAUAGAUGAGGGAAGUUUUUGUCACUGCAUAAUAUUGCAGAUACUUUGGUAGAUGGUGAUUCUGCAUUCGAUGGAGUAUUGAUUGCUUCAGGUUUACAGACUGGCAUGAUUUAUUGGGAUGACCGUUUUUGAUGGAGAAGAGAACCUCAGUUUUCUCCAGAGAGGGAACUUUGUUUCAUCACACACGAAUGGUCGUUUUUUGAAGAAAGCAUCUCCCCUGUGGAUGUGCAGAGGGCCGCAGGCUUGGGAGGGAGCAGCUUUAUGUGUCAACCCCAACGCUUAAAAUACUCUCAUUAAAUUAUUUUCUAGUAUUUUUGUAUGUGUUUUACUGUAGUCUAUUAUAUCCAAAAUAAACCUCCAGAAGAAAGCUUUGA